AUGUCUAUGCGGGGCCCUAUGAGACGCUCGCACCUCAGACAGGUCAGCGCAGCGAGUCUGGACACAGUCUCCACCUCCACCCGCUCCAUCGACGCAUCCCAGCAUGAGGCGACCCUCAGCGACAACCCGUCCAGCUCUGACGGGGGGCGGACAUUUGGACCAUCCUCGACCGGUCUAGAUCGGCGACGAUGUUCUCUCUGGGUGCACACCGAUGUGUUUUCUAAAGAAGAGAUCCUCUUCAACCAGGCUGCGUUCGCCGAUACGGGCGUGCGUGAUGGCGAUGUCAUCGAGAUCUUGUCGGCACGGUCUCUAGGUGAUUCAACCAAUUCAGAAUUAGGUUCGCGAUCGGGGUUCGAUGAGCAUGUAGAGCCCGGCGGCCCUGGCUCGAAGAAAUCGCGGUCCCAUGCGAUGUCCAAGUUCAAGACACCGCUGCAGACGCGGUGUCUGUUUGUCGCGAGGCCACUUCCGGCCGAACUCAAGACACGGCAUCCCAAGCUGGAGCUUUCGGUUACAAGCAGUGUCGCGAACAUCUUUGGUUUCAAUAACCGGACGACCGUGUAUAUUUCUAUUGUCGAUCGGGCGCAAUGCUCCGCGUCGCAUGUGGAUAUCUCCUUUCGGGACCAGUUUCUAGUGCGCUCAGACAUGUGGCGCUUGGUCAUGUCGGAGCUGGCUGGGAAGAUUAUCUACAAGGGGCAGAAGAUUACCUUUAUGGGGCAUAUCAAGGCAACUGUGAAGAAUAUCUUUAUUCGAGGGAAGAAAGUCCUCUCCGGCUUCUUCUCGCCGCAGACUAUACCUGUUUUCCGGAGCGAGUCGGCAAAGUAUGUGUUGUUUAUCCAAAUGUCUAGGGAGAUGUGGGAUUUCGACUCCGAGGGAACUGGGGAUAUCCUCUUCAGCAGGGUCAUCAAUGGAUUUCUGCCUGAGCUCUUUAAACGCUGGGCGAAUGCAGAUGCAAGACACCUAGUCACAAUCGUGCUAUUUACCCGUGUCGAGUACGAUGCAUCUGCUCCUGGGCUUCCGUCUGUGCUGAGCGCGGAGAAUCUGAAGAAUGCACUCAGUCCUAAUAAUGCUCCUACUCGGGAUUUUUAUCGGGUUGUGGUCAAUGACAUGGCCAGCGGCCAUUGGACGACCAUUCUUGAUGAGCUCAAGAAGGAUUUUAGAACGUUCUUGAGAGAUGUCUCUGUUUUGAAAACACCAGGAGACCCUGUUAUUCCUUCUCUCAGCGGAGCAAGAUCGGCUCCAAGCGCCACCAUUGCAGGGCGGCCGAGCACCGCUCUUCGUGGCAAUAUACUCGAAGCCAUUCAUUUGGCUUCCUCCCAUCUGGCUUUUGACCAUAUCGACCGCGACAUGGUUCAUACAGGAACGUCUAUCAUUGUCAUCACUCCUGGUAGUGGUGUCUUUGAAGUAUCGCAUGAGUCUCUAGCUUCCACCACCGAAGCACUUACGAACCGCGGCAUCGCUAUAGAUUUAGUUUGUUUGAGCCCGAUGCCACUUCAUUCCGUGCCGUUGUUCAAGUAUAGGGAACCGGCUAGAAGACAGUCCAGUUCUACGUAUGGCGACAUCCAGGGCGGUGGCUAUUCUCCAGAGAUGCGUCACUCCUUUGCAAGUUUGUCCAACCGUAUCAGCCAUCCGUCACCAAGGUCCACCAUCUCAAGCACGCCCCCAGGAAGCGGCCCACGCGGCCCAUGGACCCGUCCACACGAUUGGAGUUACGGUAUCCCGCAUUGGCUUGAUAUCUCGUACUGGAAUCCUGAUACCUACAGAGAGUCCCGAAGAAUUCUCAAAAAGGACCCGAAUGCUCCCAUCCCGUUUACUGUAACUAAGCGGUCAAAAACUUUUGUUCCACGUGUGCGCAUGUAUGAAAUCCAGAUGGGAGGUGUCAUGGAAAGCGAGCAGUCAAACAUCUCUAUCCCUUAUCUUACAGAGGGUCAGAGUACAUCUCGAUCCUUGGCACCGUCCAACAUCCACCCUUCCAGGUCCUCAUUCAAGCGAGGCUCUCCGUUCAGACACCAAUUGAGCGAUAGUCUCCGACCCGAGUCUUUUCUCCAAAACAUGACGAACCCGAAAGAAUUGAUAGUUUCCAAAUCGCACAAGGCAUCCUCGACAGUCGCUUGGAUGGACAACUACGACGAUCAGGUAUUUCGUCCGCUCUCUGGUCGUAACCACCGACGCAAACAGACGAGGCAAAAGCGGCCGAGCGAGCCAGAGGUUCAGGCCUCUGGCACGCACGAGCGCAUCUCCGCGAGGUCAAUAACGCAUCUACGGGAACAUGAAGUGAACCCGGAAGAAUGGCGGCGAAAGAUUGAAAAGGCGCCCAAAGACCCGGUGCUCAAAAAGGACCAUUCGCCGAGAAAGCCUGCUCUCAAGACAGCUUCUGCUUCCACUUCAAAAGUGCCGCGAAUUUCGCGGACAAUCAGUUUUGCCCUGCGAGGGCUGGGAGUUGCUCCGCCUAGGGCUCUGGCGAGCACAGAGGUCAAUGCGGAACACGCUACUGCCACGCCAGCGCCAAAUAGCAGGAAGAAGUCGGCGGGGACUCUCAAAGAAUCCAAAAGUGUCGAGUCGCUAAGUGCCUCUGAUUCGGCCUCGACUGUCACGGUUGUUGAGGCUUCGCCCGCUCCGAGCACACCCCCAAAGCAGCGCAGAAGCCCGACCAUAACACCUUCGCGGCCGAUAUCGAUAAAGGUACCAACCAAAACGCCAGCCGAGGACUCGGACCAACCAGCACGCUCUGUGGUCACAGGAUCGUACUCGACUAGUGCUACAGAAGUUCCGCAUAAAAGUAAUGUUGUCGGACCUGAGCACCAGGCUAAGAAAUCGACCCCCAAGUUCGAAAUGACACUGAAUUCCGGGCUACGGGAGCCUUUAGCGAAAAAUAACCAGAGUAGACUUCUUGCACCAUGGGUUCGAUCCGUCAACCCUUGCAACACGCCUAGAGAGGCCUCGCGAGAUACCAGCUGGUUUGGACGAUGGCAGCAUGCCUAUCCAAGACCGCCACAUGUCGCGGUCGUCAAGUGGAAGAGCUUGAAAUCUCCCGCUAUCUUGCCGUUAACUACGGAAGAAUUCCCUACAGCAAGCGAGCUAGCAUCAGAUUACCUGCAGACUCCGUACCGAGUCUUUCCCAAUGAAGAUGCAGAGGGCAUCGAGGCGCCAAAGACUAUCGGACUACUGUUACGGGAUAUGAUUUCCCUCCGUCUCUCUCACGGGUUUCAGAUUGUCGUGGGAAAGAAUGUGGACGAAGCUUCCGGGCGAUACACACUCAAGACACCAAAUGUCUUUGAUACGCAGAGCCUCGAGAAAAAUGGCGCAACCGUUUUUCUUUCCAAGGGGCACUCUAUCCAUCGCCUCAUUUGUACCGGAGGUAGCGAAAUCGAGGUGACUCGAUUCUCGCACCGAAGCCUAUCGGACUUGGCACCUGAGAAGAGGAGCGGCUUGGACUCUGUUUACUCACCUGCGAUGCGGACAAUUCUAAGUCUAGAGUACGAAGUAAAGCAUAUAAAGAUGCGCCCGGUAACAGAGGAGUACAAUUGGAACUAUGCUGAUAACUAUAUUGCUGGUCACCGCGACUACCUCAUCAACCCGGCGCAGCAGCUUCACUUUUGGCGUGUCCGAUACGUCCUCAUCCCAAUGCGCAUGCAUCCGAGCACAAAGAGACACAUGCAGAACCCAAACGAGGACAACGAAGAAGAAAUUCACUUGCUUGGUAUCAACCAACUCACACAUAUCUGGCAGCGGCACAAGUACGUGCCCCAGGAUGAGAAGAGAGUCGAGUCAUCGAACAAGAAGAGAGAUCACAAUCCGUUGAAUAUCAUGUACCAAACAAGAAACCCUUCAGAAGUUGUUGCGGCUGAGCUGGGCACUCUCCUAUCAGAUCCCGGGCAGGACGGCUCUACAGCACAGCUAUUGCCAGAGUCAGAGCUGCCGGAUCGGAAUAUUAGUCUGUCCUCGCUGGCUCAGCUUGUCCAGGGCGAGAAGGGAGUGCGGAUGAUGGAUCGCAGAUGGCACCUGAGACUCCAUUAUAACUGCUUUAUCGGUUUUGAAUUCACGACGUGGCUCGUUCAGAACUUCCGAGAUAUCGACAACCGGGACGAGGCCGUCAGCUAUGGUAAGCAGCUGGAAGCAGAAGGUCUCUUCCAGCACGUCGAGGGACGGCACAAGUUCAAGGAUGGCAACUACUUUUAUCAGAUCUCGUCCGAGUACCGCGUGGCUCGUCCGGAAUCGCGAAAUAGCUGGUUCCAGAUUCGACCAGACAAGUCGAUUCCAUCUACCCCAGCAAUUGGAGAAGGGCGAAAGGAUUCGCCCAUGAGCUCGCACUCGCGAUCAACCAGUCUUGAGCAGAGUGUUCCCCAAACGCCGAGCACGCCUCUGAGAUCAAAGAGUAAAGCCACAGUCAUGCUAUCCAAAACUCUAAAGUACGACAUCGACCCGCGCAGGCGCUCGAACCGGCCGGAGGUUAUUGAUCUACACUAUGACCGGCUACAUAACCCUGCCAACUGCUUCCAUAUCGAGCUUAGCUGGAUGAACACUACUCCUAAGCUAAUCGAGGAUACGGUUCAGUCGUGGGCUGCAACAGCCGAAAAGUUCGGCCUCAAGCUCGUGCAAGUGCCCAUUGCCGAAGCCAGCGCCAUCGACCAGACACAGCCAUUCCGAAAGCCUUAUAGGGUCAAGCUCAAGGUUCCUCCACCCAAGGGUCCAAGGUCCACAGUAUUCACUGCGGCUUCCUUCAAUCAGCAAGACGCGCCAGACCCGCAUUACUUUCAAAAGGUCAUUCUACAAAAGUUUGACUUUGUACUUGACCUUGAGGCUCGAUCUGCCUUUCCUCCUGAUGUCGAAGUGUGCUACUCUUGGGGAAGACCGGACUAUAGAUACCCUCAAUACAUCCACCAAUCCGGCAGCCUCCUUGUCCAGAUAACCGACGAUGGUGAAUUCCUCGUCCUCGCAAACAGGCUGGUCAGUACACGCAGUGUAGCAUCAAGCCGCGACAUCCCCCGCCACGAACGCCUCGACCGACCAGAUCAAUACCGCGCACGCGCAGGCACUUACGACCCCAUCGAUCGCCUCUCCCCACGCCUCUCCCCCCUCGUCCGCCCAUUCAGCGAAAUCACCGGGUCAGUCAGCCUAAGCCCACAGACACAAUCGAGCUUCGACUCCGCCAACCUCUACCGGGCCCCCGAGCAUAUCCUAAGCGGGUUCGAGGAGUUUUGUAACGACCCCAUCCGUCUCGGUCAGCUGUACAGCGAGAGCUUCGUGUAUCCGGCCUCGGCCAAGGCGGCGCCCACCACAGCGUCGUUUAUAGACUCGGCGAUUCCGAGUCUCGAGUUGCCGGCGCCGGUUAUUGGGCAUCACAUCUCACCGCCACCGGGGACACCGUCGAGGCCAUCAACGGGCGCUGGGAAUCUGCCGCUGAUUGAUCUGAGAAGUCGCCAGCGGGAUGAGAGUACAAUCACAAAGGGGAGUCCGAGGAGUGGAGGGUUGAGGCCGUUGAAUUUGAGCGGGGCAUGA